GUCGAGCCGACGACAUCGAACGAUCUCUCGCGUCGAUAGCAGCUCGAAAACGCUGCCAGUGUUGCGCGGAUAUUCGCGCCGAGCGAGGAAAGCAGUCGUACUCUCGAAUAAAAAAGAGGUACGCUUUAUCAAGGGAAAAGGGGUCAUAAACUGGAGAGCCGCAACAAACACCCCAGAAUUCCUAUCCGAUGCCGAGUCGACUCAUUGACAUCAAGAAUGAACGGAACGUCAACGGAACGCGUCGAGUGGCUGCGAGAAACUGUCCUGCCAAAAAUCGAGAGGGUCCUGAAGACUGGACAGGACCCGUCAAAGUGGGAGGUGAAGAUCCCCCAGGGAGUCUUCUACGCCUGCGAGGUGUACUUCCUGAAGCUGACCCUUGAAAACGCAAAAGACGUCCAAUUGGUCGUAAAGCUUCCUCCGGUGCUGAUGGAGGCUAGGAUGAACAUCGAAAGCGAUCGGCUUUUCAGCAACGAGAUCACGUUUUACGAUAAACUAGCCAAGUACUUUGGGGAAGAUGUGCCUAGGUGCGUGUUUUCAGAACUGGAGGACAAUGGAGAUGCGGUGAUCGUUAUGGAAAAUGUGGAGAAAUUCGGGUUUUACUGCGCGCGUAUGGGGGUGAGGUUGGAGCUGAGGUACGUUUUCGCGGGGGUGAGGGCGAUCGCCAGGUUUCAUGGGAGGGGGUACACCUUGAAGGAGAGGUGUCCCGAGGAUUUCUUCAGGGAUGUCAGGGCAUUGAAGAACAGGGACUUCGGAUCGGAGCUGAGUGAUAGCCUGCAGAGGUACGUGGUACUCUGGACCAGGAGGCUGGUGGACAAGUACCUGGUGAAGAGGCUUCCCGAAGAUCCGGGAUUUUGCGAGAAAAUUCGGGAGAUUUUCCGGGACUACGUAAAGCUCAUCUUCCAGGACGUCUAUGUUCCUAGGGAGCCGCUUGCCGUGUUGUGUCAUGGCGAUUUCACGAAGAACAACAUUUUGUUCAAGGAGGCGGACGGAGAGCUGAAGACUCUGCUGAUCGAUUUUGCCCAGGUCGCGUAUUGUUCUCCGGCUUUGGACGUGUCUACGUUUUUGUACCUCAGCAUGCACUCGAAGGACAGGAGGGAGUUCUUUCACGAGGUGUUUAAGGCGUACCACGAUGCUCUCUUCGAGUUCCUCGUGGAACACGAGGUCGAGAAUCUGGAGAUCUACUCCCUGAAGAACUUCCAGGAGGACUACAGAAGACACGCCGUUAUUGGGUUUCUCGUCACUGCCUACUUCUUGCCGGUCAUUAAAACACCGAAUCCACUCGGCAUCGGCGAAUUCUCCAAGAUGGACACCGAGGAGAUCUGCGAUCUCCUCGAAAAGGACUGCGAUAGCAGCGUGCUGGAGGGAAUCAUAGAUUUGCUGCUGGAGAUUAGGGAUUUGGGGGGUCUGGACCAUCUCUUGUGAGGGCACUGAUGACGAAAGAAAUUCGGUCUUGGCUAUUUUUUGCGAUGUCUUCUUGUAAGAUGAUGAGUAAAAUCUCGAGACCACUCAAAAAAUUCGGGGACAAUUUCAAGGUACUUUUCGUACACUUCGUGGAAAGCCUCGUUGCGCCAUUAACGGAUUGUACAAGAAGCCUUUGAGAGGCCUAUCGUUAGACACUAAGCCAGCAAGUAUUAUAAAACAAUCGAUUUCCAAUCGUUGACGUAAGCUCGAUCGAUCGCCGCCGUACUCGAUGAUUAAGGCGGCACGAGAUCAGAGGUCGAGGAGAGAAAUGGUACAAAAUGGCAGUAAAAUUCCGCAAUUAAUUCUCGGCAAUAGGACGAGCAAUUACCUCGACUUUGCUCGUAUCUCGAUAUAUCUAGGCGUAGGAUUUUUUUCACUACUAUCUAUCAUCGAUUACCGAUCGAUUUCUUUGUCAAACGGUACGACAAUAAAAUCAAACUCCCAGCUCAGCA